GCGCCAACACACGCCCCAUGAGCACUUCACAGACGGCAGCCAUGUCGGGCGUGCAACCGCAUUUUCUCUCACGCGGCCAUACAUAUCGCGCUGUGGUGGGCGACACUCUCGUGCUGCCGUGUCAAGUUGAAAAUUUGGGAAAUUUCGUUUUGUUGUGGCGACGCGGCAUCAACGUCCUCACUGCCUCCAAUAUAAUGGUGACAAGGGAUGAGCGCAUAAGACUGAUAGACGGUUAUAAUUUAGAGAUAUCAGAUUUAGAGCCACAAGAUGCUGGGGAUUAUGUUUGUCAAAUCAGUGACAAAAUAAAUCGUGAUCAAGUGCACACUGUGGAAAUAUUGGUUCCACCAAGCGUACGAGCCAUACCCACCUCUGGUCAACUGCAGGCGCGCAAGGGCGGACCAAUUACAUUGGAAUGCAAAGGUUCCGGAAAUCCCGUACCGUCAAUUUAUUGGACGAAAAAGAGUGGCGCUGGCAAAUCAUCGGCACGUAUUGGCGAUGGUCCAAUUCUGACACUAGAGAAACUUGAACGUCAACAGGCUGGAGUUUAUCAAUGCACCGCAGACAAUGGAGUUGGCGAACCGGUUACAGUUGAUAUGCGUUUAGAUGUUUUGUAUCCACCAGAUAUACAAGUCGAGAAGUCAUGGAUACACUCGGGCGAAGGUUUCGAAGCAAAACUUGUUUGCAUUGUUUACGCUGAUCCAGUGGCUACGGUAUCCUGGUAUCAAAACUCAUUUCCGAUACAAACGACCGAUAGGCGAAUUAUGUCAACAAGAGCAAAUAGACACACGCUCACCAUACGUCACAUACAGCAAGAGGACUUUGGCAACUACAGGUGA